AAAAAUAUAUAAAAAAAGGUGUGAUUAUUACAAGAAUUGUAAGGAUGCCCAACAAACUAUAACAAGAAGAUUCCCAGCCAAUGAAAUGUUACUCUUGUGAGGAGCUGUUUUAUAACCAAAUCAAGUCCAUAAACUUCGAAUAGUGCAGAAGCCUCUCUUCUAACUAAGCUGCAUUCCUGUGACCAAAUUACCCCCAUCUCCCUCCCUCUCUCUCUCUCUCUCUCUCAUCAACAAUAACCAUUAAUCUGCACAAUAUGGAGUCCCUGGACUUCUCUUUGGAUGAUUUAAGCAUAGGUGAAGAAAGAAACAGUGAGAGAAAUAUAAAUUGGAGGGGGCAGGUUGGUGAUGACACUGUAGUAUAUAAAUCCAAGAACCUCUUAGCUGAGAGGAGGCGGCGCCACAAACUCAAAGCUAGACUCCUUGAGCUGCGCGGAUUAGUCCCAAACAUCACAAAUAUGAACAGAGCAACCAUUAUUGUGGACGCAAUAACUUACAUUCAGAAGCUGCAGAAGGAUGUGAGAGAUCUUGGCGACCAACUUCUUGAAAUGGAGGCGAUCCUCGAGGAGGAAUCAAAAGCCUGGAAAACUGAAGGAAUUGGUGCUGCAGAAGAGAUGAAGAAAUGGGGGAUAAAGGUUACCUUGUUUUUAAUUAAUUCAUACAAUUUACAUUCACACACACACACAACAGAGAUUACAGUAAAUCACAUUGAUGCCGAUAACCUUUGGAUGAAGAUAAUCCUCGAGAAGAAAAGAGGUGCAUGCACUAAAUUGAUGGAGGCCAUGAGUGUUGUUGGCUUUGAAUUCACUGACACCAGUGUUACCACCUCGAAAGGAGCAUACCUCAUCACUUCCUGCUUGGUGGGAAUUCGCGGUAGAAUGCUAGCAGCUGAUCAGGUCAGAGAGUUGUUGAUGGAUAUCAUUAGAAGCAUAUAAGGCAACCGGAAGAGAAAGGGAUUGAUCAUCGACCAGUUUACAACAAUUUU